AUGAAUCAGGACGUCCAAUCUGGCGUAGGAAGAUUGCAGGCAGUCAACCGAUUACGUCAACGAAUGGCCGAGCUGCGACCAACAGCAACAGCCACAGCAAGCAAUACCAACAACAACCCAACCGCUGAUCAUCAGGCUGACUCAUAUUCGACCGAGAUCAGUCCUCAUCACCCCAAGAUCAACAACCAGCGAACAUACCUGCUCUACUGCGGAAAUAAAUACCAACUGAAUGGCUGUGGGAAACUGAUCAGCGUCAGGGCGGCCGUGAUCUUGCCGAAAUCAUUCCGAAGCUGGAUGGAUGACCAACAGGAGGAGGAGCAGGAGCAGGAGCAGCAGGAAGAGGGGGAGGAGCACAGGAAUGGGAACCCCGCAGACUUCAACCUGGUCACCAGCGACACACUCCCAUUCCCUAACUCGGCUGAUAGAGUCGACCGAUUCACUCAACAGAGCUUCGAAAACGAUCCUGCUAACCCUUUCCAUAGAUCCCACUCUAUCCAUCCUGCCUGUAAAGUCUAA